AUGCAAUGUUCUGGGACUCCAGUCCACAAACUAACCUGCGCCCACACCAUCCACGCUUCCUUUCUACAACCAACAACCUCCUCAAAAUGUGCCCCUAACUGCGCUGCUGUUAACUUUUCCACCACCGCCGAACCCUCCUUUCUCUGUCCUACAUGCUACGAGUCCACCCUCCGUGACGAAUAUCAAGAGUUUGUAAAGCGCUGCAAGAAAAAAGCCAAGGAAGGUGGGUGCAACAUAGAGAUCUUUGUGUGUGAGCUUAAGGAAGAUUGCGAUCAUGGAAAAUUGGUAGGGAAGGAGUGGAUGAAGGGGGUUCAUACCUGGUGUACUGUUUUCCUGGGUCACAAGAGUUUCGAGAAAUUGGUGAAGGAGAGUUACAGACGGAAGGUGGAGAUGGAGAAAAUAAGGAGUUGCAAGGCUGUAGAUGGGGAGUUUGAGGAAGAAGUAGAGGCAUCUGCUGCAUGCUGA